AUGGCCGACUACUCGCAAUACCACGCCCUCGGCCAGGGCAUCUCCCCCGAUCCAAACGACCCGCCCUACCAGCAGCAGCAGCAGCAGCAGCAGCAGCAUCACCAGCCGCCGCCGCUCGCUUAUGGACAGCCUGGCCUCUAUGGCGCGCCGCAACAACACCAUCACCAACACCAUCACCACCAACACCAUCACCACCAACACCAUCACCAGCAGCAACAGCCAUCGCCACCCCCCCCGCCGGCAGGGAUGCCUCUGCCUCCCUCAGGACCGCCAGCAUACCACCCCCCCCACGGUCAACCCCCCCACGGUCAACCCCCCCAGCAGGGCGACUCUGCUCAACCCGCGCCAGAUGCCUCUCUCGCCGCGCAACUGGCGGCCGUGAGCCUCGGCGACGGGCAAAGCACCGUUCGCAAGAAGAAGAAGGACCGCCAUGCCUACCACAACGUCGAGCCCGUCGGCUCCUCGCAGCCCUUCAACGGCAUGCCCCCCCCCCUUGGCUCCAACGCCAGCCACUUCAUCCCCGGGGCCGCCGCCAGCCCGGGCCUGCCCGCCGCCGCCGCCGCUCCAGCCUUCGGAGGAGCGCACCUCGCCAGCCCCCAAGGCACGCCUCACCUGAUGAAUGCGACCCAGUUUCCGUUCCCGGCCCCAGGCAGCGCCUCCCCCUUCGCCCCCGCCGGGUUCGCCCCUGGCAACGGCUCCGCAGAUGCCUCUGCCACCAUCGCCACCUCGGGCCCGGCCAAGGUCUCCCUGGAGGACAUGCCCAGCGUCCCCGCGUCCCGCGACUCCGUCCAGCCGUACUUCCUGAAGAACGCCUACCCGACCUUCGAGCGCCACGUACCGCCCCCCGCCACCGUCUCCUUCGUCGCCUUUGACCAGGGCAACUCGUCGCCCAAGUACGCCCGGCUGAGCCUCAACAACAUCCCCGCCACCACCGACGGCCUGCAGGCCACCGGCCUGCCCCUCGGCCUGCUCCUGCAGCCGCUGGCCCCUCUCCAGGCCGGCGAGGCCGACAUCCCCGUCCUGGACUUUGGCGAGGCCGGCCCUCCCCGAUGCCGUCGGUGCCGCGCCUACGUCAACCCUUUCAUGAUGUUCAGGUCCGGCGGCAACAAGUUUGUGUGCAACCUGUGCACCCACCCCAACGACACGCCGCCCGAAUACUUUUGCGCCACGAGCCCGCAAGGCGUCCGCGUCGACCGAGACCAACGUCCCGAGCUACAUCGCGGCACCGUCGAGUUUGUCGUGCCCAAGGAGUACUGGACCAAGGAGCCGGUCGGGCUGCGAUGGCUGUUCGUCAUCGACGUCACCCAAGAGUCGUACAACAAGGCCUUCCUCGAGACCUUUUGUGACGGCAUCCUGGCUGCUCUGUACGGACGGAGCGAUCAAGAAGACGCGAGCCAAGAUGCCGAAUCCCCGAGACGAGUUCCAGAAGGAGCCAAGGUCGGGUUUGUCACCUACGACAAGGACAUUCACUUUUACAACAUGCAUCCCGGCCUCGAUCAGCCUCAGAUGCUCAUCAUGCCUGACCUCGAAGAUCCCUUCCUACCUCUGGGCGACGGCUUAUUCGUAGAUCCUUACGAAUCCAAAGCCAUCAUCACUUCCCUGUUGACGCGGCUUCCCGACAUGUUCUCGAAUGUCAAGAACCCGGAACCUGCUCUCCUCGCCACCCUCAACGGCGCUUUGGCCGCCCUCGAGAAGACUGGAGGCAAAAUCGUCUGCUCCUGCUCUGCACUCCCCACCUGGGGUCCUGGCAGACUGUUCAUGCGGGACAAUGGCAACCACACUGGAGGCGAAUUGGACAAGAAGCUCUACACAACCGAGCACCCCGCGUGGAAAAAGGUUGCCGAGAAAAUGGCCGCCUCUGGCGUCGGAGCAGACUUUUUCCUUGCGGCUCCUUCCGGAGGCUACCUGGAUAUUGCCACGAUAGGACAUGUUGCCUCCACCACUGGCGGCGAAACGUUUUACUACCCCAACUUCAUCGCCCAACGAGACGGCACCAAGCUGUCGGCGGAGCUAAGCCACACGGUGACGAGGCAAACCGGGUUCCAGGCCCUCAUGAAGGUUCGAUGCUCCAACGGAUUGCAGGUUGCGGCCUACCACGGCAACUUUGUCCAGCACACCUUUGGCGCCGACCUGGAGAUUGGCGUCGUGGACGCGGACAAGGCUCUGGCCGUGUCGUUUAGCUACGACGGCAAGCUCGACUCGAAGCUGGAUGCUCACUUCCAAUCCGCGCUGCUGUACACCACGGCCUCUGGACAGCGCAGAGUCCGGUGCUCCAACGUCAUUGCCAGCGUGAGCGAGACCUCCAAGGAGUCCGGCAUGCGGGAGCAGGGUGUCCGAACGUGCAUGAAGUUUGUGGACCAGGACGCCGUCGUCGGCUUGCUGGCGAAGGAGGCCGGCACCAAGCUGGCCACCUCGUCGGGCAACCUCAAGGAGGUGCGCAACUGGCUGACGGAGCGGACGAUUGACGUCAUGUCGUGCUACAGAAAACACUCGGCCGCGCAGCACCCGGCCGGCCAGCUGGUCAUGCCGGAGAGGCUGAAGGAGUUUUGCAUGUACAUGCUCGGCCUGAUCAAGUGCAGGGCCUUCAAGGGCGGCGUCGAGAACUCGGACAGGAGGGUCCACGAGAUGCGCAUGGUCCGCUCCGUGGGGGCCCUGGAGCUGAGCCUGUACCUGUACCCUCGCAUCAUCCCGAUCCACAACCUGCAGCCGGACGAGGGCUUUGCGGACGCCGAGACGGGCCACCUGAAGAUGCCUCCCUCGAUACGGGCCUCGUUUUCGCGCAUCGAGCCGGGCGGCGUCUACCUGGUGGACAACGGGCAGCAGUGCCUCCUGUGGUUCCACUCGCAGACGUCGCCGAACCUGGUGGCCGACCUUUUCGGACAGGACAAGGACGGCCUCAAGAGCCUGGACGCGUACACGAGCUCGCUACCCGUCCUGGACACGCACCUGAACGCGCAGGUGCGCAACCUCAUCGAGUUCCUCAAGACGACGCGAGGGUCCAAGGGCUUGACGAUUCAGCUUGCCAGACAGGGCAUCGACGGUGCCGAGUUUGAGUUUGCCCGCAUGCUGGUAGAGGAUCGCAACAACGAGGCGCAAAACUACGUGGACUGGCUGGUCCAUGUCCACCGUGGCGUUCAACUCGAGCUGAGCGGCCAGCGUAAGAAGGAGGGCGACACAGACUCGAGCAGCCUAACAAACUUUGCCGGGCUGAGGCCGACAAUGUGGUAG